UACCGUGAUGUAUUUACACACAAAGUGGCGUUUCUCCGGUAGCGGCGUGUGAUUGGUUGACACGAGGACAGCUGCACGCGCGCCUCUUUGAUGUGAGGACACCAGCAGGUGCUCUCUGGGGCUGCAUGUACAGGUGAUCUAGAUUACCGUGUUGUAAUGCCGGUCCGGCAUUACGUUCCCCAAUCACCUGCUCCUCUUGUCUGCUGAUUUCUCAAAAUACGGAGGUUUUAAUGUUUUUCGUUUUUUAAUUCUCUCAUUUUCCUGUGAAAAACUGAGUCAGCACAUUCAUCAAAGAAUGACUUUAUUCAAGCAGAGUUCACUGUAUGAUGAUCAGCUACACGGACAAAGUAAUGUAAACACAGAAGACGGGGGCUGUGGUGAAGAUUUUCAUAGCAGCCCUUCUCUGAUGUCUGGACACACAGCACAACAUCCAGCCAUGAUAGGAUUAUCUCCCUUACAACAAGCGGAAGUCGUUCUAACAGGGUACAGAGACUGCGCGGCGGAAGCUCUACGAUAUCUUGUGGAGGUUGAGCGUUUUGCCGAGGAUGACCCCAUAGUUGUAGGACUUCAGAAACAUUUAUACGAGCAGCAACGUGCACUCAAUGUACAAAGAAUUUUGUCAAACUUAGAAAAUAAUCCGGACUACCUCUCAGGGGAAGAUAAUUUUGAUCCCGAUGAUUCGGGUAUUGAGGACCAAAAUUUAGGCCUGGAUUACAAUCACGUGGGUGUUGAGGAGCAGGGCCAAAGUGAGACUUGGUUAGACUCUCAACAGAGUGAUAUAAAUCAUGUGAUAACACCGGAAGUUGAUCGUGACGCAAUUGUCUCGCUUGCGGAGGAAAUUCUGUCUCUCAUUGAACUAGAGCAAUCGCCAACCAUUGGAGAAGAGGAAAUGGAUGAUGAAGGGGAUGAGGAAAUGUCGGACAUCAGUCAUUGAUUGUGUGGUUUUUAUAAAAGUGUUAUGAUGUGUACCAUUUUCUUAUUCAGAAUCAGUAAAUAGACAUAAAUGUUGUGCCAGUCAUAUAGAAUGAUGUUCAACAAUUUGCUGAAAUUAUUCAUUUAUAUUAAGCGUAAAUUUAUUCAAAUAUUUUGUCAGCGUUUAACUGUUUAAGUUAAAGCUGUACUUUGAGGUAUGAUUUCAAUAAGGUAAUAAUGUUUUUUUUUGUUCGUUUUUUUUAAUGUGGUACAUAUUCAUGGCAAUCUUCUCUGCCCUUGGUUAUAACUUAAUUAUUUAAGUUGGACGAUAGAAAACCACAAUAAAACGCAUGCUCUCAUCAAAUGCUGUGUGACUGCAGUAUUAAAUUUCUAGAUCUAUACGAAUUGGAUACCCACCGUAUUUUGGGUUACUUUCAAGUAAAUGAUAUUCUACAGUUUUUUACAGAUUUUGUAUUUUUUAUGCUUAAUUUUCUAUACAUUGUGUUCAAUAUUUUAUAUUUGCUUUAUGUG